ACUGCUUAAAAAAAGAAGAAAUAGUAUCAUUCUUCUCUUUGGUGCAAGCAAAACAAUCGAUAAAACGCAGCGUUUUGGCCCAAUUCGUUUGAUCUUAGCAUCGUGAUUGAUCGUCCCUCUUCCCUAAUUCACCGCGUCGACACCGUCACCGGCAAAGCUAUUCACCGUUCCGUUCUUGCUCCUUCUGUAAUCAGGGAAAUGGGUUUGUGGACAUUACUUGAGGGACUCCUGCUUCUGGCAAAUGCUCUAGCAAUAUUAAAUGAGGACCGCUUUCUUGUCCCUAAAGGAUGGGGCUUAUCAGAUUUUUCAGGAGGCAGGACAAAGUCUUUCAAAGGCCAGAUUAUAGGUCUCAUUUACGCAACUCAGUACCUACGAGUCCCUCUUAUACUUUUUAACUCCGUCUUCAUUAUUGUAAAGUUGGUUUCUGGGUGAUGUCUAAGGUGCUGGAAGUUUACAUCGCAUGAUUUCAAGUUUAUUUAGGUAGGAAAAUUUGAGAAAUUCUAUUGUAAGAAUACCCGUUAAAAAGUACCUCUUUUGGGAUUUUAAUCCAUUGAUAUUAUUAGUCACAAAAUCACGCUUGCUACAAUGUCAAUAUGUAGUGAGAAAUGGAGAUCAUUAUUAUUGAUUUUAGCUGGGUGGGUACUGUAUUCAUUUUCUAAGAUUUAAUUAAAAUAGGCCAAUUUGCUUGUAUUAUCUUUUACUUGUUUUCAAUUGCUUAUUGUUUGAUUGGUGAUGUGUUCCGAA